CAAUUCUGCUGUGACGAGUGCCAAGACAACGAAGACAACGAUGAUGCUGUGUCGGCGAGUUGCCUCGUCUGUUUGUGCCCAGCAAGCACGUGGUGCUGGAAGGCUGGUGCACACGGCACAAGCAUCAUACGGCGCAGAUGGCAGCAGGUUUGGCGCUGGGUGGACAACGGAGGAACAGAGGGCCAUGGCUGAUGGCCAAGGCGUGUUUGGCGCGUUUGCAGACGCGUACGAUGCGCUCCGGCCAGACUACCCAGAGGCCAUGUACACGAAGAUCAUCCAUCGCGUCCUUGCCAACAACACCAACAACAACACCAGUGACAGUGGUGCGUGGGUCAAGGCGAUGGACAUUGGCGCAGGCACGGGCAGGGGAGCUGUCCGCUUGGCGCAGCACCCACUCGUCAAGCACGUGACAGUCACUGAGCCAGACCAGGGCAUGCUCUCCCAGUGUGAGGCUGCGUUUGAGCGCGUGCAAAAUAACAGCAGCAGCAGCAGCAGCAGCAGCAGCAGCAGCGACAGUGCAGAGAUGGCAGAGGCCACGUUCUUGCGCGUGAGCGCAGAGAAUUUGCGGGAGGUGCCCGAAGCCAGCAUCGACGUGGCGGUGUGCCUGCAGGCCUGGCACUGGGUCGACAACACCAAGGGCCUGGACGAGGUGGCGCGGGUGCUGCGCCCCGGUGGCGUGUUUGCCGUGGCAUGGAACGACCGCGACCUCAGCGUACCCUGGGUCGCUGACCUCGAACGCCUGAUUGAGUCGUACAACCUCGACUACGACAGGGAUGAGCGCCAGUGCGACAAGUACGGCCGCCCGCUCUCCGCGGACCCGCGACUGCGGUUGCUGUCGCAGGAGGACAUCCCGCACGCCUUGCACAUGGCGUCGCCGCAGCAGCUGGUCGACCUGACGCACACGUUCUCGUACGUGCGCAACGCGCUGACGGCAGAGAAGCUGGAGGAGUUCUCGAAAGAGUGCCUUGCGAUUGCGACCAAUGCCAUGGAACUGCAGCAGAAAGAUGUGAGCAACACUGAGUUUGAACUGCCCCUCAAGACACGGCUGUACUUGCUGGAGCGCGUGUAAUGCCAUGCACGUGAUGCGCGUGGGUUGCGUGUGUGUAUGUGUGUAUGUAUGUGGGCGGACGUGUGUACUUGUGUAUGUAUAUGCUUUUGGGUGGGCGUGUGGGCGUGCGCGUGCGCGUGUGUGGGUGAAUGUGUGUGUGUGCACCUCUGUCACACAACAACGUUUUGCGUGUUGUUUGUUGCAUUGCAUGCACGGCACUUUGCACUGUAUAAACUGCAAUGAUUUGAACGAGUCCACUCUAAGCUUCUUGAUGGUCUACGAACACCAAAACAAUCACAGCAUUGAACAAGAG